AUGCACCUUCGUACUGCCCUCCUCGCUUGGAGCGCAUUCGUGGCGUUCAGAACCUGUACGGCGGAUAAUAUCAUCCCAGUAUCCUUCAGCCCGAGGGACAUCCCCAGAAAGGUCGCUGAUUGCAAAGCGCUCAACCGACUCACACAAGAGGUCAAGGACAUCGAGAUCCAUUACGCAGACAUCAAUUCAGAUGCAGAAAAGACCAUAGUCAUGGAACCCGGCUGGCCGAGCCUCUGGCACAGUUGGAAGUACCAGAUCGAAGAAUUCAAAGACGAAUACCAUAUUGUCGCUCCUGAUCACCGUGGGUUCGCGUCAUCGACGCAUCCAGGGGAUAUAGAGUCCUCUGGGACAUGGGGAGACCAUGUCGGCGACAUGGUCUGUGCGCUCGAGCAUGCCGGCGUCAACCACGCCAUCUGUAUGGGGCACGAUUGGGGCUCACAGAUUUGCUACGAGGCGGCGCGUAUGAGACCAGAUCUGAUCGAGGGUGUCAUUGGUAUGGCCAUCCCUUAUAUCCCUUCGGCAGGUCACUACGUCCCGAACAGUGCACUCGUCUCCUCGCUCCGGAAACUCGCUUAUCAACUCUUCCUCGCCCAGAACGAGCGCGCAGCGGCAGAGCUCAACGCAAACCCCCGCCGCACGCUCCGCGCGACUCUGCGCACUUCCGCCAGUCCGCCGCCCGACGCGUUCCUCAUUGAUCCGGAGUCAUUUUUGGGCGGAUGGAAAGACGUUGAGGAGAUACCGCCUAUCCCGUUCCUCACACCGGAGGAAGAGGAUUAUUGGGUCGAGCAGUUCGAGAUCCAAGGGUUUGGACCCACCCUUGGAUUCUACACGAAUGGGAACCGCCAGCUCUCUUGGGAGUUCACGCACAACCAAGGCAAUUUCACAAUCUCGCAGCCUGUCCUAUCCGUCCUGCCACUGAAUGAUCCUGUAGCAGACUGGGUCGUAGCAGCAAAACUCUUGGGAAGCGAGAAGUAUCUUCCGAACCUCACGACUGAGACACUCGAUGCGGAGCAUUGGCUCCACCUAGAGCAUCCUCGGGAGGUGAAUGCUAUCCUGCGGAAGUGGCUCGGUGCCUUCCCUGGUGGAGAGACGGAAGAUACCAUUAGAGACGAUGGUGUCGGGCGGGCGGCUGAUGAACUCUAG